AAACUGGACACUUACCUGUCCCUCGCUGUCCUCCCUGCAGCCAUUUUCUCUGGGCGCCCUGUGUUCCCAGCAACUGCAUCUUCAGUGUGGACACCCGGCUGUGACAGCUUGUGGCUUCACAGCAGGGUGCUCACUGCGCAUGCGCGAGUAGUGCUGCACUUUGUGAAUGGUCCCGCAGUCUUCUGGGACCUGUCACGUGUCCCAGAAGACUAUGGGGAGGGAGGGGGGAGGACAACUUCUACUUCUGAUAGCCUAGGCCAGUGGAAGUGGGAGUGGGAGUGGGUACCUGUCAAUUUCGAGUACCUGCCGCCCCCACUCCCCAAUGGUACUGAUCCGAGCCGGGGAGCA